CCUAGUAAUGGCUACCACUCUCCCUGGUCCUCCUCUUCAUCCUUGACCCCCCCAACCACUUUUGUUACCAUUAAGGGCAGGAUGGCCUCUGCGAAAACUCGUGGCCUCCUGUCUCUCCUCCUCAUCCUCCCCCUCAUCACCCUCGCUUCCGCCACCACAGGUAUCCGCCUUGGCAUCAUCCGGAAACCCUCCCUGGAUGUUGCCAUCUUCCGAGAAGCCCCUGCUUUUCGAAAUGGGGAUGCCUGCCAGCCUGCAGAGAAAAUCCACAUUGCCAUGACACUGGACUCUAACUACCUAAGAGGCACCAUGGCCGCUGUGCUUUCGAUUUUGCAACAUUCAACAUGCCCCGAAUUCAUUGAGUUCCACUUUCUCUGGGCCAGGUUCGAGCCUGAGGUACUCUCCAACAUCAAAUCCGCCUUCCCAUACCUAAAGUUCAAUGUCUACCGCUUUGAUUCCAAUAGGGUUCGUGGGAAAAUAUCAAAGUCUAUACGCCAAGCCUUGGACCAACCCUUAAACUAUGCACGCAUAUACCUAGCUGACAUGAUCCCAGCUGAUGUGAAAAGGGUUCUAUACCUAGACUCAGACCUUGUGGUUGUGGAUGAUGUAGCAAAGUUAUGGAAGGUUGACUUGCAAGGCAAGGUACUGGCUGCACCAGAAUAUUGUCACGCAAACUUCUCCAAAUAUUUCACAGAAUCGUUCUGGUCAGACCAAAUGUUUUCCAAGACAUUUGAAGGCAGAAAGCCUUGCUAUUUUAACACAGGGGUUAUGGUGGUGGAUGUGGAAAAAUGGAGACAAGGAGAGUACACAAAGCAAAUGGAGGAGUGGAUGGUAGUGCAAAAGCAAAAGAGGAUAUACCAUUUGGGGUCUUUGCCACCUUUUUUGCUGGUUUUGGCUGGGGAUAUUAGGGCAGUGGAUCAUAGGUGGAACCAACAUGGGCUUGGUGGGGACAAUCUUGAAGGUAAGUGUAGGAGUUUGCAUCCUGGGCCAAUAAGCCUGUUGCAUUGGAGUGGGAAAGGGAAGCCCUGGUUGAGGUUAGAUUCAAGAAAGCCCUGCACCGUUGAUCAUCUUUGGGCCCCAUAUGAUCUUUACCGUUCAUCAGCUCAUUACUUGGAAGAAUGAGAUGAAAGUGAAAAGAUAUAUGCAAUGAGUAAUGAGGUAGAGCUUUGGCUCAAUUGGCUCAAUUGGAUCAAUUUGGGACAAUAUGGGGAUAAGGGAGUUUAAUUAAUUAGAAGAGAAAGAAGGUGGUUAAUGGGUAAGUGCUAUACCUUUUUUUUUUUUUUUUUUAAAUUUAUCUUAGACCAAUUAAGGAAAAAAAAAGUUCAAGAAAAAUUAUAGAAGGAAAGUAAGACUUGUGAAGUAACUUAAUUUGGGGUUGAAGCUGGUUAAUUACAGAAGGAGAAGAACCUUAUAUUUGUUUAUAAUGGUUAUGGCCUUUCAUGCUUGGAGGAGAGGAUUUCAUGGAGGAAGACUGCAAAUUAUUUGAGUUUUUCUUUUUCUUCUUCUGUUGAGAAUGUUAUCGGCAUGGUAUGAUAGCUUUCGAUCACCAGAAGAUCCUCUUACCAGAGUUUCUAUGCGGGCCCUCUGAACAUUAUUUCUAUAUAUAUGGAGUGUAUAUUAUUAAGUUUAUUUAGCCUAACAUUGUGUUGGUACGUAGUUUUUGUUUUUGUUUUGUUUUUUUUUUAAAUUUUGAUAGUCUUUUUUGUACCUUCUUGUAGCGUCUUACAGUUUGAUAAGAUGAUGAGCCACUGAGCCUCCAAAAUUAAUUCAAAAGCUUAAGUCUUUAUACCACCAA